UACCCCCCCCUUCGGCUCGGUGGAAAACACACGUUUUAAGAACAAAAUACCAAAAAAGCCCACCCUCUUUGCUUUGCUUUUCGCAGCAACUUGGAAGCCCGUUAAUUGCACUUGGCUAUGCCGCUACCCCUCUAACUUCCCCGCUGCCCGCCGCCCCUGCCUGCAGGCUGGGUGCGGCCCCCCCCGACCCCUGCCUCGGGCGAAGAUGAGCCUUUUGCCUCUUUAACUACCCCCCACCCCCCAACAAACAAACAACAACAACAAAAAAGCAGCGCUUUAUUUUCCAGAGAGGGAAAAUUUUGCUAUUUUGCUUUUUAUUUUUAAAUAUUUUGUUGUUGGGGGGGGGGGGGGGGGUGUGUGGAAGUUGGACCUUUUUUAUUUCCUCCUCGGCCCCCCCUUCCGUGGGGCUGGCUCCCCCUGCCCGGCCGCCUCCCCACCCCGGGCCCCGCAGAGCCGCUCCGGAGGAGAGAGAGAGAAAAGACGUCCGGACUGCUCCAGCCUCCGAAAUGACUCAGUAACUUUUACGCCUCGAGUCUCAGCCCUGCAAUUAGCCACUUUCCCAGCACGGCUCGGGAUGUAUUCGUCUCCUCUCUGCCUGACCCAGGAUGAGUUCCACCCCUUCAUCGAGGCAUUGCUCCCCCACGUCCGGGCCUUCGCCUACACCUGGUUCAACCUGCAGGCCCGCAAGCGCAAGUACUUCAAGAAGCACGAGAAGAGGAUGACGAAGGAUGAGGAGAGGGCAGUGAAGGAUGAGCUGCUGAGCGAGAAGCAGGAGGUGAAGCAGAAAUGGGCCUCGCGCCUCCUGGCCAAGCUGCGCAAGGACAUCCGGCCCGAGUGCCGUGAGGACUUUGUGCUCUCCAUCACGGGCAAGAAGCCCUCGUGCUGCGUCCUCUCCAACCCUGACCAGAAGGGGAAGAUGCGCCGCAUUGACUGCCUGCGGCAGGCGGACAAGGUGUGGCGGCUGGACCUGGUCAUGGUCAUCCUUUUCAAAGGGAUCCCGCUGGAGAGCACCGAUGGCGAGCGCCUGGUCAAGUCGGGCCAGUGCACCAACCCCAUCCUCUGUGUCCAGCCCCACCACAUCAGUGUCUCUGUCAAGGAGCUUGACCUCUACUUGGCUUACUUCGUCCGCGAGAGAGAUGCAGAGCAGAGCAGCAGCCCCCGGACAGGCAUUGGCUCAGACCAGGAGGACAGCAAACCCAUCACGCUGGAUUCGACAGACUUCCAGGAAAGCUUCGUCACCUCGGGGGUGUUCAGCGUCACUGAGCUAAUCCAGGUGUCCCGAACGCCGGUGGUGACGGGCACGGGGCCAAACUUCUCCCUGGGGGAGCUGCAGGGCCACCUGGCCUAUGACCUGAACCCCUCCAGCACCAGCAUGAGGAGGACACUGCCCAGCACCUCCUCCAGCGGGAGCAAACGGCACAAGUCGGGGUCCAUGGAGGAUGACAUCGACACCAGCCCGGGGGGCGAGUACUAUACCUCCUCCAACUCCCCCACCAGCAGCAGCCGCAACUGGACAGAAGACAUGGAAGGGGGCAUCUCCCCCACCGUGAAAAAGACUGAGAUGGACAAGUCCCCCUUCCACAGCCCAUCACCCCAGGACUCCUCGCCCCGGCUGAGCAGCUUCACACAGCACCACCGUCCUGUCAUCGCGGUGCACAGCGGUAUUGCUCGAAGCCCACACCCGUCGUCUGCGCUGCAUUUCCCCACUACCUCCAUCCUCCCCCAGACGGCCUCCACCUACUUCCCCCACACGGCCAUUCGGUACCCGCCUCAUCUCAACCCGCAGGACCCUCUGAAAGAUCUCGUCUCGCUGGCCUGCGACCCGUCCAACCAGCAGCCCGGACCGUUAAAUGGAAGUGGUCAAGUGAAAGUGCCCAGCCACUACCUGCCCACGCAGAUGCUGGCACCGCCACCUCCCCCUGGCAUGCCCCGCUUGGCCGUCUCUCCUGACACCAAAUCCACCACGACAACUACCGAGGGAGGGACGACCUCACCGACAUCACCCACCUACUCUGCACCAGGCACGCCCCCUGCGAACCGUUCCUUCGUGGGAUUAGGACCAAGGGAUCCUGGGAGUAUCUAUCAGGCACAGUCCUGGUACCUGGGAUAACCACCGCCGUGCCGCCCCUUCGCCUCCCUUCUCCUCUGCUUUAGGCAUCCCCAGAGGAACAUCCCUGUCCCCGAGCACCAGGCCCAGCCUUGCGGUGAUGACAGAGAGCGCGGACUCACGACGACAAUGACGACAAGCAAAACCCACACACAAAGGAAAGAGCGAGGGAAAGGAAGAAAGAAAAGGGUCAAACUCUUUUAAAAAGGAAAAAACAAAACAAAACAAAACAAAAACAACAACCCAUCCCAGGAGGACCUUGCCCCCCCCCGGUGAUGCACCAGAAAACAAAGAAACAGAAAAAAAGGAAAAAAAAAACACUAUUAUUUGCCCUGUCGUCCAGUGCCGCAAUGAGACCUGACACAACUCAUGGCAGCAAUGCCUCCCGGAGUGGCAGCAGGACUGUGGCCUUCGACAGAGGGUCGGAUAUGCAAAUGGCUCUUGACUCUCAUUCUUGCCUCUAUGUGAGUAGAAAAGAUCAAACACCCCCCCCACCCGCCGCCCUCCCCCACCCCACACAGACUCUCGAGGGGCCCCGGGGCUGGGAGGGGGCACAGUGGGGGGGGACGGGGGGGCUGGGGCUGCUUCGUGCUCUCGGUUCUCGAGGGAUGCGGCUGCACUCGCCGUGGGGCAAGGUGAUGCUCCGUGCCAUUAAAGCGCCUCGGGGAUGGGUGACGCCGUGCUGCAGUGGCACGGUGGCCAGAUCAGCUUGGCAUGAGCAGAUGUCACAGGAGGAGGGGGCUUCGGGCCCACGGAAGGUGCCAGAGCCGGUCGCGGCAGCGGUGGCACCCCAACUCCCAGGGGGACAUGGCGUGGGGACGCUCCCACUGGGGCCCCAGUGGGAACUGGGCUGCCGCUGUUGGGCUGGGAGAGCGGUCGCUGUCUCUCUGCAAUGCCUUCGUGACCCCCGCGGUGUGCACCGGCCCUGGCCCCACAUGUGUCCCCACACCAGGAGACCACAGGGCUGUGGCGGGGUGCGCGUCUGUGUGUCUGAGCUAUGCAUUCCUGUGGACAGGUAGCAGGUGGUGGUGAGGAGAGGGUGCGCUCGUGUUGCACAUUUUGUAGGAAAUGCACUUUUAAGAGGGAAUCGUCAAAAAAAAAAAAAAAAGAAAAAGAAGAAAAGGAAAAAAGAUCACAAAAAAGGAGAAGGAGAAAGAGGAGAAGGAGGAAGAGGAGUUGGAGCCCCCAGCACUGGCUUGCUGGGAUGGCUGGUUUGGGGUUUUUUGGGUUGUGUUUUUUUUUUAAAUACAAAAGGAUAGAGAAAAGGAGCCCGAGAGAGGGCGAGGGCAGAGCCAACCCCACGGAGCCCCUGGCCCUGCGUCAAGUGCCUGAACUGCGGCGGGGAGGGGUCCCGGGACUCCCGGAGGAGCCCCUGGCCAGGUGCAGUGCUGGAGGAAAUGCCCGGCUGUCCCCAUCCCACGCGAUGGCGGCAUGGCCAGACGGGGAUGCGGGGAUGUGGCAGUGCCUUAGAGCAGAGGGAUCCAUGUGGCGGCUGAGGCGAGGAGGAGGAGGCUGACAAAGGCACCCGGCGUCUCCAGCAAGAUGGUGGUGGCCACAGAGGAGACCCCAGGAGCAUCCCCAGCAGAACCCCACGGACCCCAUGACGCCCCAUGGGUGAUGAUGGAGAGGAACCGCCACGGGACGUCGGGGAGCAGGGGACAUCGCUGAGGCCACCACUGCCACCCGCCUGCACCCUCCCCUGGCACCCAGAGCUGCCCCGCGGACCACCGGCAUCGCAUCCCCCGCCCUGCCAGCCCCCCGCUUCACCCCACUUCCCACUCCCCUGGGACGGCACAGCAAAGCCGGAUCCUGCCCACCCACAGCGCAGCACCGGGGAAAGGGCUGACACAGGAAAUCCCGGGAGAGAGAAAAACAAUCAGAAAGGACAAGAAAAGGAGAAAACCCACCAAAAAAAAGAGGAGGAAAAAAACCCAAAAAACAAAAAAAGCACUUGGCGGAGAGGGAAACCUGUUUUUUUUAAAAAAGAUCUGAGAAAAGAAACACAUUAAAAAAAAUAAAAAGAGGACAAAAAAAAAAAAAGACAAAUAAACUGCAUGGUGCUUUAACAGGAUCUGGUGACCUGGCUCAACCCAGCCGCAGAUGGCUGAUGCUGUGCAUGGCAGACUGUAUUAACCAGCUCUACCUUCCCCCUUCAGCAAAAGAGAAAAAAAAAAGAAGAGGAGAAAAAAAAAAUCUGUAUAAAAGAAAAAAAAGCUGUAAAAAAAAACACACAAGAAAAAAAAAAUCCAUGUUUUCCUAAUUUGCACGAAAUUUUAUACCACAUGAUGUGCCUUGCCUUCGAAGACUAAGUAUUACCGGACCUGAUAUCAGUGCAAGGGAGUCGCUGCAUGCCCGGGGCUCCCGGGGGGCCGAGGGGGCCGGGAGCGGCUGCCCCCUCCCCGCCUCCUGCAUGGCUUCUUCUCGGCCAGAAAAGUCCCUUUUCUCUCUAUUAUUGUUAUUUUUUUAACCAAUUUUCCCCCCUCGGAAAUGUCUUCCAGUUGGUAAUACCAAUGCAUCCUCUGCGCCAACACACCAGAAUAUGCAAUAGCCGCUUGGCUGUGCCGGUGAAGGGGUGUCCAGUGGGGGGCCCGGCUGGGGUGGGCCCAUGGGGGGCCCUGGCCACCCCUUUGCUUCACCUCUUUUACUUUUUUUUUUCCUUCUGUUUUGGGGGUUUUUAUUUUGUUUUUCUGCUUACAGCAACCAAAGGCAGUGAGGCGGGAGGUGGCAGGGACACCCCCACCCCACCCCUGGCUCAGAGCCACCCCGUAAUGCCUGGGGGAACCCAGGGGUCCAUGCCUGGCAGGAUGGACAAGGGUGCAGUCGGGGGGUCCAAGUGGGGAGGACCAGGGAUGGAGACCGCCAUGACUGAGCCCUUAUGGGGGGGCCACAGCAUCCCACACCCCCCUUUGGGACACCCCACACCCCUUUUUUAAUUAGUUUUCAGUGGGGCACAGGGCCGGUAGGGCUGAGCCCAGCUGCUCUUGUGACAGGAAUGGAACCGUGUGAAUGUAGCUGUGUGCCCCCCCUUGCAACCCUGCCAAGGGCUGGCAUCAGGGGGGUCGCAGCCCCCUCCCCACCUCCAUCCCCAUUGGCUGCAGCUCCAGGGCUCCAACUGGCACAGCUGGGAACAGGCAAAGCCCUGUCAGGGGGUUCCCUCUCGCCUGUUCCUUGCUACGCUGGCUGCCGAGCAGGAUCCUGACACCCCAAAAAAAUCCAGAAUUUGCCUUAAAACCCAAGCGUCCCACCGGCCAGAGAGAGAGAGACACCCUCCCGAGGCUGAGGACUGACGCAGGUCGUGACACCAAUGGGCAGGUGGCACCGCACGUCACUGCUGCUUUGUAAUGAAGAAACUUUGUCGUCAACAAUUUUUUUAAAAAUUUUAAUUUUUUUUUUCUGUGUGUGUCCAAAAGUAUUAGCGGGGGAUGGGGGGAUCAGGUCCUGCCGGGGUCUCGCCCCCUGGUGCGGGGUGUCAGGGGUCCCACGGGGCGAGGGAACAUCCUUGGGAGACUCUUCUUUAUGCAAGGUGCAGUAUUGAUUUCUGCAAGGACAAUGCAACGCGGGGAGCAGGAGGUUAGUGUCUGGUUGGGGGAAAAUAAAUUCAAAAAAUAGGAUUUUAAAAAAAGAGAGAAAAUUGAAAAAAAAAAAAGAAAAAAAAGGGGGUUAAGGCUAGAAAAGGAUCAGCUCAAAGCAAAAAAAAAGUAUUAAAAAAAGCAUUUCUCAGUGGUGACCAGACGCCAGCCAGUGGAGGGAGGGAGUGGGGGGCCCCUGGGGCAGCCCCCCCAGCGAGCACAGGGUCUGGGGGGAGGCGAGGGGUGCUGGCACCCCUCAGGCCUGGGUCCCCCUGCCCCAAGGAAGCACCCAGCCCCACAGGGACACCAUCCAGGGUCCCAACCGCACCCCUCCUUUUGCUGCCUGCCCCCCGCCAGGGCCUGCAGCAUGUCUGGCCAGGCUGCAGCCACAGCCCCCAAAACCCGCCCUUGGCAAGAAAAGCACCUUAAAACAUGUUAAAAAAAAAGAAAAGGCAAAAAAAUAAUCAACUCGACGGCCCCCCUCCCCAGCCUGGAGGGCGGCAGCGGGGGCUCGGGCUGGGGGCUUUUGCUUGGGGAUCUGGGAAGCCCCCACUACCCCCGGGGUCUUUGCACUGCUCACCCCAACACCCACCACCCCAGGGCCUCAUCCCCCCACCCCAGCUCUGCUCAAAGGGGAUAUGCAAACUCCCCCCCACUCCUCGCUGGGGGGCACUGGCCAUGGGGGGACGACCACUAAUUUUUUUUUUUAAAUCAUUCUCCCUUAUUUUUUAAUCCCCCCCCCCGUGGCCUCUGGGCUUGGUGGCCGCAGCCGGGGUGGGCGCGAAGUGGGAGAGUCCCCAUCACUGAGGAUGCUCCAGGGAGGCCCUCCCCGGCAGGUCGGGGACAUGGUGGGGGUCCGCUCGACAAUCACUGCGCCCAGGGCUCCCGCAGGGGUUUCAUGCACUACAGUCUCUCCUAGAGGGUUUUUAGUCAGGCUUGUCAGCUUUUAAAAAAAAUAACUAAUUAAAAAAAUAGUCCUUAUGACUUAUAAAUAAAAAAAACCCUGUACAUAUCUCUCUCUCUCUCUCCCCCCACAUAUAUAUAUCUCUGGGGCUGCAGGGGCCAGAGGUGGGCACGAGUCCCUGCAGGCCAACACACAGUUAAGGUACUUUAAAGUGCAAAGGAAUAUAUAUAUAUAUAUAUAAACCCCUAUAUAUAUAGGUCUUUGUGGUUGUUUUGGGUUUUUUUGUUUUUGUUUUUUUGUACUAUGAGUUUGGAAUUGCUGCUUUCUGUCCGUCCCCGCCCAGGCUCCCGCUGCCGGCUGGGGCAGGCAACACCCGUGAGUGCCCCGCGUGAUGCCCACGGGCAGGUGGGAGCAGAGGGAGAGACGGGGGUGGGGGGAACCCACCCCCGGGGCAAAGAGCAGCAAAAGGAGAGAACCCGCCCCAAAAAGGUGUCAAGGCAGCAGCCGGCAGGACCACGACUCACACCCAUACCAAAAAUCCCGCCGCAGUGCCUCCACGCCACCGGCUGCCCUUGCCUGCCUUUUCGGGGGGUCCCCCCUCCCCCCCCGUGGGGUGUUGGGUGGGUGCCCCAUCCCUUGCAGUUACAUUUUAUUAGUUAGCCAGAGUCUCGCUUCUCGCUUGCCACAGCUGUUACACACCUGCCGAGUGCACCAGGGCUGAGAGCUGGGGCCGGGACCCCCCCCAGCUGUGCCCCCUCCCCAGCCCCUGCAUGACCCCCCCCGAGCCCCCUGCUCACCUCCCUGGUGCUUCACGAUAUUUGAUUAUACCAUUGUAUGCAGCCAUUACUGAUAGCCACCGCUCCUGCCUACAUACCAGUUACUGACCAUGACUAUGGAUUUGGGGUUUUUUUUUGUUUUUUCUUUCGUUUUGUUUUGGUUUUGGUUUUUUGUUUUGGUUUUUUUGUUGCUGUUGGUUCCCCCCUUCCCCUAUGCAAAAAAGAGAAAAAGAGACAAAAAGAAUAAUAAAAAACCUGACACAAAAAAAAAGAUUAAAAAAAUAAAAUAAAAAAAAAGACCAAAAAAAAAGACCCAAAAAAUGCAUAAAAAUUAAACAAGCUAUGCUUCAACUCCA